UCCGCCCUUCCCAAGAUGGCGCUGUACUCCGUGCGGAAGGCGCGUGAGUGCUGGAGCCUCAUCCGGGCACUUCACAAAGGACCCGCAGCUGCUCCUGCUCCCCAGAAGGACAGUGUGGAACGAGUAUUUUCUGGCAUCCAGCCUACAGGAAUCCCCCACCUGGGAAAUUACCUUGGAGCCAUUGAGAGCUGGGUGAAGUUGCAGGAGGAGUAUGACACAGUGUUAUACAGCAUCGUUGAUCUCCACUCCAUCACCGUCCCCCAGGACCCUAGCGUCCUCCAGCAGAGCACACUGGACAUGACUGCUGUUCUUCUUGCCUGUGGCAUAAACCCAGAGAAAAGUAUCCUUUUCCAGCAGUCUCAGGUGUCUGAACACACUCAGUUAAGCUGGAUCCUCACCUGCAUGGUCAGACUGCCUCGACUGCAGCAUUUACACCAGUGGAAGGCUAAGGCCGCGAGGCAGAAGCAUGAUGGAACAGUAGGCCUGCUCACAUACCCGGUCUUGCAGGCGGCAGACAUUCUGUGUUACAAGUCCACACACGUUCCUGUCGGGGAGGAUCAAGUCCAGCACAUGGAACUUGUUCAGGAUCUAGCUCGAAGUUUCAACCAAAAGUAUGGGGAGUUCUUUCCACUGCCCAAGUCCAUUCUCACAUCCAUGAAGAAAGUGAAAUCCCUCCGGGACCCCUCUGCCAAAAUGUCAAAAUCAGACCCUGACAAACUGGCCACUGUAGGAAUAACAGACAGCCCAGAGGAGAUCGUACAGAAAUUCCGAAAAGCUGUGACAGACUUUACAUCCGAGGUCACCUAUGAGCCAGAGAGCAGAGCUGGCGUCUCCAACAUGGUGGCAAUCCAUGCAGCCGUGUCAGGCCUCUCGGUGGAGGAGGUGGUGCGCAGUAGCGCAGGCAUGGACACUGCGCGCUACAAGCUGCUGGUGGCGGAUGCUGUGAUUGAAAAAUUUGCUCCAAUCAGGAGUGAAAUUGAGAAACUGAAAAUGGAUAAGGACCAUUUAAAGAAGGUUUUACUUGUUGGGUCUGCAAAAGCCAAAGAAUUAGCCUAUCCUGUGUUCGAGGAGGUGAAGAAAUUGGUAGGGAUUCUAUAGGAAAUCAGCCAGUCACUACACUCCGUCAAGGCAACUUCCCUCUGGCAGAUUUUAGUCUGUACAUAUUUGGUUUGAUGGUUAGCUUCAUUUGAUGAAUGCUUCCAAUCAAUGUUCCAAUUUCAUCAGCAAAUGCCCUAAUGAAGAGAGCUGAAGUAGGUGCAGCUUUCUAUCCCCCAGUUAAUUGAAGUACAUUUUGGGGUCUGAAGUAUCCCUACACACUUGACAGCUAUACAAUAACUGAGCUCUGAUGUGCCCUUGUUUGUACAGUCUUUAGUGUAAUGGGUGGACUUUAUCUAUGUCUGAACCCUUUUUACAGCUGUGCAUAGAGGUCCCAUGCUAAAAGUUUAUAAUUUGAGUUCAUAAAGAUAGGUUGAUUCUUACAGCUCAUGUGUCACUGAGAUGAUGUUCGUCCUCAUGUAUUUGAGCGACUUAACUUGGGCCAGCAAGGUGGCUCAGACUCAAGGCACCUGCUGCCAAGCCUGACAGUCUGAGUUCAAUCACCAAGAUCAGAGUGGUGCAAAGAGAAAAUUGACAAGUUGUCUUCUGAUCUGCAUUUGUGUACCAUGGUGUAAGUACACAAACAACAACAACAACAAAUAAAUAAAUAAAUAAAUAAAUAAAUAAAAUAAUCUA